AACCUUGUCACUUGGCCCCACCUGGGACUAACAAUGGGUUGAGGACUCUCCGGUUGGUUGGUAGUUACACAGGAAGACAACAAGGGGACCAAGUCGACGUCUUGUGUUUCUCGGCAGUGUUUCGUCCUUACUUUUUUUUUUUCUUGGACCCCCGGCGUGAGCAACUCGAAGUUUGAGGAAGUGGAGGAGGAUGCACAACGACCGCCCGCCCGACACGCGCCUUCCAGAAAGGAACGCGCCAGUUUGAGUCACAUUGAAAAACAAAACUAAACAGUAAGAAGAACAAAAAAACAAAUCUAAAUUCUGUUCGUGCUCUCGUCAUGCUGGCUCUUGCGGUCUUGAUUCUCACCCAGCUGAUGAGCGCCGCCAGCUUCCCAGGGGAGGAGGUAGUGGAGGUGACAGUGGCGAGGCUGGACGUAGAUCUCGACGCGGAGCCCCUGGCCACCGUCAACGAACGAUUUCUUUCAGUGGCCAUUGAUGCCAGUUUAGCAGGCGACGAGAAGUUCAUCAGCAUUCUGGGAUCUCAAAAGCUGAGGACACUUGCAAAAGGCUUGGCUCCUGGUUACUUAAGAUUUGGUGGAACAAAAGCAGACUUCACAGUCUUUCUUCCAGAUGAUAAUCAUGUCAAAGCACAACUCUGGGAAUAUACUUUUAUUUUCCAAAACAAAUCAGCAGAUAAUUGCGACAAGAGCAUUCUACCUUAUGGGACAGAGAAAUAUUUGAAAUAUGAGUGGCCAUUGCAAGAGGAACUCAUACUGAGAAAUGAAAAUCAAAAUAUCUUCGACUAUCAAACAAUUUCAGGAUCUUCAGUGGAUAUGCUGUAUUCAUUUGCUAAUUGCUCAGGGUUUCAUCUGAUCUUUGGCCUGAAUGCUUUACUGCGAAAUGACAACAAUGUUUGGAACAGCUCUAAUGCUGAACAGCUCCUGAAGUACUGUCAGUCAAAGCAGUAUAGAAUAUCAUGGGAGCUGGGCAAUGAACCCAACAGCUUUGAGAAGAAGGCUGGGAUAAAAGUUGAUGGAUCCCAGCUAGGAAAAGAUUUUAUUCACCUUCAUAAUAUUCUGAAGAAAUACCCACUGUUUCAGAGCUCCAGCCUUUAUGGACCUGAUGUAGGUCAGCCACAAAAGCACAGAAGGAAACUUCUCAAUGGGUUUCUGAAGUCUGCGGGAAAAGUGAUAAAUGCUUGCACAUGGCACCAUUACUAUGUUGAUGGGAGAGAUGCAUCGCUAGAUGAAUUCCUCAGUCCUGCUGUAUUGGAUAGCUUUGCCGUCAAGUCUAAAGACGUUUUUCAGAUUGUUGAAAAAAUUGUACCUGGCAAAAAAGUGUGGCUUGGAGAGACAGGGUCUGCCUUUGGUGGUGGAGCUCCGGGGCUAUCGGACACAUAUGUUGCUGGCUUUAUGUGGCUUGAUAAACUUGGACUGUCUGCAAAACUUGGCAUUGAUGUGGUAAUCAGGCAAGUUUUUGUUGGAGCUGGCUCUUAUCAUUUGGUGGAUUCUAAUUUUGACCCAUUACCUGAUUAUUGGCUUUCACUGCUUUACAAGAAGCUAGUAGGACCCAAAGUGCUGAAUGUUACCAUAUUCACACAUGAUGGAGAUCAGAACAGGCAUCUUCGGGUGUAUAUGCAUUGUGCUCGGAACAACAGUGCAAACUUCACGAGUGGAGACGUCACACUCAUUGCCUUAAAUCUGAGUAAGAAGACCACAACCAUUCAUCUACCUAAAUACUUUUCUUCAAAAAGAAUUGAUGCUUACAGGUUAGAGCCUGCUGGAGAAGGAGGAUUAUCUUCAAGGAAUAUACAACUAAAUGGAAAGCUGCUGGUGAUGGUUGAUGAGAGAACUUUGCCGGAAUUGACAGGAUCCACCUUGCCAGUGGGAAGUCCGCUUCAGAUCCCAGGCUUAACAUUUGCAUUUUAUGUCAUAAGAGAUGCUAAUGUUUCAGCUUGCAAAUAGUGCUUCAUUUUUAUUUGUAAAUAUGUCACAUGAAGGUAGUGUACAAAUAAGACUCAAAGUUAUGUUUUAAAUGUUAAGGGUUUAGUUGCUUGUGUGAAAGAUACUAAAUUGCUAAAUACGAGAAGAAUGU